AUGUCUGCUCGUGGUGCUCGAGCCCUAUAUGAUCAUGAGCCUUUCCGAUAUCAGGAUCUCAACUAUAAGUGCCAGCGCGCGAACAGUACCGAAUACUGGAUACAGGACGAGCCUGGAGACGCUUGUUACCAGCAGGUCCCUGCUAUCGCUUACUUCUCGGGAGAAUCCGCAUUCAAUUGGGAUGAAUAUUGUAUGUUUCACAUUCUUCGUCAAUUAUAG